CACAAAGCACCAGAUCAAGUAGGGCUAGACUAGAGUAGACUGGGUCUUGUUUACUAAUAAUACUAGAAAAGACAUAUUUAGUACAUAUUGUGCAAUGCUUACAGAAAUACAGAAGAUGGAAUAUUUUGCGAGAACUUUAUUUGGUUUGCAGAAAUAAUCACCCGGAUUACACAAUGCUCAGUCCCAUCGGACUCCUCUACGUCCUCAUCGCCACAAAAUGCUUCUUAUCACAAGGAGGAGAUGUUGUCCCUAUCAGAGUGAAUGGCCUUGUAAACCAAUCCAUCCUCCUGUCACCUUCUGUGGAUUCAUCACGUUCUGUACAACAUGUCUACUGGAACUUCCAAACCUACAUAAUGGCAUCUUAUAUAAAUAAUCAGCUUACUGUAAUUGAGGAUAAAUUUGAAGAAAGACUGGAGAUCCUGGAUAAUGGAAGAUCACUGAGGAUUGGAGAGCUGAGACUGGAGGACAGUGGACUGUAUGCUGGAACUAUAACUUUUACUGACAGAAGUAAAGAUCAGAAAACUUACAAUCUCACUGUGUAUGACUAUGUUCCUGUUCCAACCAUAGAAGAUGCAGAGAUGAAGAAAGAUGGUGAAUGGUGUAAUGUGACUCUUCGAUGUUCCACCUCAACAAACACAUCAGCUCUUUCCUAUAUCUGGAACUACAAACAUGGAAUCUCUUCUUCUACAAUGCUGUAUAAUAACACUGGAGACACAAUACGACUGUCACUGCAGCCGGAGUCCUGGGAUAUGGAGAUUAUGUGUAUUGUACAGAAUCCUGUUGACCGGAAGAACGUCUCUGUGCAGAAGAUCUGCCGGAAUUAUGGUAGAAAUAAAAUAAUGCCAACGGGUACAACAGCUAUACAUGGCAGAAGUCAUUAUGCACUCUUUCUGGUAGUUCUGGUAGUUCUGGGAGCAGUAUGGUACCUCGUUAAAAUGAAGAAGAAACAAAGCAAAGAUCUUAAUAUAACUAAUUCAGAAGACAUUACUUAUGCAGAAGUUCGACGGACACAACAAGAUGAGUCUAAGCAGGAACCAGAGGUCCGCAAUCCCCCAGAGGAGUCAAAUGAAGACAUUGUGUACAGUCAUUUAAAAUUUGACACAGACUGAUUCUACUGGAAAGCUUCGUAAAGAGGGACAAAGUCAAAGUACACACAUUUUCUGUUUAGGAUGCAAUCCUGGUAAAAAGAUUUGAUUGUUGUAGUCCAUUACCUUGAACAUUGGGAAGCCAGAUAAAGUUGAAGCCAUUUAAGAGGGACUGCAAAGGUACAGAGCGCCCUAGAUGGUGCAGAAAGAUGAAUCGGUCAUCCUAAACUCUGAAGGUAUAAUAGUAAGGGGUACCAGAAACAGAGCUAACCUUUUGUAAUGUACCUAAAAGAGCUUGAGCUGUUGAGAAGGCUUCGCUUACAUCUCCUGUUCAAUACUCCCUGGAAAAGGACGACAAGCAAUGGCAGGAGUGUAGCAGGACAAGGAGUGGCACAAGAGAUGUGGUAGGUCCCAACACAGUGGGACAGUUUGGAUACUGCUGGAAUGCUGUGAAUGCUCAGACUGGAAUGUGUGCAUAAUGCUGGCACACAGAUGGAGCACAAGAACUCAUAGAUGCAAAAAUCAAAGCCAUAGUCAAGACAAGCCAAAGUCAGGAAAACCGGGGCAGCAGCACCAAAUUAGAACGAAGGAGCAAGGUCAGGGCACAAGCCAAGGUCAGCAACAGAGGAUCAGGAUAAAGUAGAGUCAGGAGCCAAGCAGGGUCAAACACAGGACACCAGGAUACAGGUCUGGUCACAAGUCACAGAAGAUGAUGACCACCCAGCAAUUCUCUUUAGCUCUGCUGUACUUUAGAUGGGCCUCUGGGUGCCAAAUCCAGUGCCAGAUGUGCACGUUAAUUCACUUAACUCUCUACACUCUUUCACAUACAAAUUUCCAGGCAUGACCAACUUCCACCAUUACUUAGUAAAAGCUUUGUGCACUUGAAAACAAAGCUUUUCAUUCCAGAAGCAACACAAAUUGCACACUUAGCCCGAGGGCCUGCUGGAAUCACACAACGUUGUUGGCUGUCUCUGUUUUGGCAACCUUUAAAUCAUGAAAAAAAAAAGCACUUUUCUUAUUCGCCUCUAAAGAUCGCACACUCUGCUUCUUUACACCUAUGUUCUGACUUGCUCUCACCAUCACGACCGCACUCUACCAACAAUCAUCCAGUCCCUCCAAUAACACUCUCUAGUCCUUGAGACCAAAAUCAAAAGAAUAGAUGGAGAUGCCAACAGACCCUACCCAAAUGGCCUCACUGCACACAAGCCAAAAAGGCACUUCUCAAGGAUCCUCAUUAUAGACUUGACUUCUUGUCGUUAUAUAAACAAGUCAUAAACCACCAUUUUUCGUGUUGAACCGGGAGAAAAAAAAACUCUCCUAUAACCCAGCCUGCAAGCUGUUGUGUCAGUUAUCAUGAUGUAGAAGGAGUGGGCACAUAUACUUUGUGAGGAUCUAUACUACUGGAUAUUAAGGCAGCCAUACACAAUUAGCCACUGCUAGAUAUACCAUGACCAGGAGACAUGAGAACCUUCGCAGACAUACGGUCAUACAUGCUUUGAAAUACGACAGAGAAUUACAACAUUGUGACAUCUGCCUGCCCACAGACCCAGCAGGACCUGUGCCAAUGCUUAUCUGCUCUUUGGCCAGUACAAUGAGUCACCAUGCAUGGUUAACUUCUUCCUUUCAAAAUCUAUUUGGACAGUUUGAGGUGCUCUUUUGGAGAUGCCUUACGGUUUCAAAGACUAAUCCUCACUCAAUUAUUCUGGAAGCAAUGAAUGGGCAUCCUUAGCUUAUCUUCUAUUUCUCACAAUCUAGAUUCUUUUCUUUUAUAUUCUUGUCUUGGGUUAUAUUUGACCAAGAAAAAAAUAGCUCACACAUUUUCUGCAGUUGUCUUAUGAAAAUUCACUGUAGGUGCAGACAUUUAUAGCUAGAUUCAUAAAGAGUUAGGCCGGCGUAUCAGUAGAUACGCCGACCUAACUCGGAAUCUGCG